AUUGCUCAGUCGUCAAAAUGAUGAUGCCGUUGAGUUUAAUCUUUUCCCAACCCUUCUUCCCUUCAACCACCACCAUCGCCAUUCACUUGGCCCCGACACUCUUUUCUAUACCCUCAGAUGGCUCCCACUCGCUUCCUCACCGCGGUCACACUUGUUGUGGCCGGCUUGCUCUCAGUCUCGACGAUCACUCCUGUUAACGCAAUCGCUCUUGAACCUCCUCAUGUGGUCAGGAGCCACCAUGCCAUCGCUCAACACAAACACAGCGGUGUGCGCAAGCGGACUAACGCCAGUCGCUGCAAGCCCAAGUCGUCCUCUCUGCACAGUUCCUCCACCCAGACUUCGACCAGUUCGACGGAGACUUCGACGUCGACAUAUGCUACCACCACGACACAUGCGGCUCCUACUACGACUACGACGCAUGCGGCUCCUACGACGACCACUACGCACGCGGCUCCCACCACUGCGAAGCCGCCUCCGUCUCCCACGACUUCUAAGCAAGCUGUUGCUACCCAGGCGCCCGGCAAGAGCACUGGCGGAAGCGGUCUUCGUGGCAAAGCUUGUCUUGCUUGGCCCAACUCCAACUUCAACCCUCUCGCACCCUGGAUCGGCAGCACUGUUGGCUUGAUCUACAGCUGGGAUGCCACGAAAGUCCCGGGCGCUGAAGAGCUCGGUUUGACUUACGCGCCCAUGCUCUGGGGUUGGAAAAACGCGGAAGACUUCAAGGCCAAGGCUGUCAAAGGCUAUUCUAACAUUGCCCUUGGUUGCAACGAGCCGAACGAAGCUGGCCAGAGUAACAUGGACCCUUACAGUGGCAUUUCUCUCUGGCAGCAGUACAUGCUCCCGCUUGCCAACGAGGGCUACACGCUCAUUUCGUGUGCGACGUCUUCCAACCCGAACGGCAAGGUUUGGAUGAAGACUUUCUUCGACAACUGUGGUGAUUGCAAGGUCGGAGGUAUCGCCGUCCAUUACUACGGGACGGACAUCGAAGAUUUCAAGAACUACGUGACCUACUGGCACACCACGUACAACUUGCCGGUUUACAUCACCGAGUAUGCGGACCAAGACUUCAACAACGGGCCUCAGGCGGAUAUGGGCCAGAUCUGGGCGUUCUUGCAGGCGGCGACUCAGUUCGCCAAUGAGAACGACUGGAUCCAUGCCCACUGCUGGUUCGGUGCGAUGAAGGAUAUGACCAACGUCAACACUCUCAACACGUUGAUGGUUUCUGACGGAUCCGGUCCCAACGCCCUCGGAAACUGGUUUAUCAACAACUAGAUUGCCCAAGAUAUCUACGAUCGCCGUGAUCCUGUCUCGAUACCAAUGGCAAGCUAGCCUUGCCACUCAUACGUGCCACAACUGUUGUGCAGCUGUGGCCAUUCAAUCGUGCGGCCCAGUGGGCCAUUAGUCACUACUUUUGUAUAGCAGUGUAGAGCACUAGCAAUGAAUGAAUGCUUGUUAGAUAUAUUGGCCUGCCUGGAAAUAGGUCUCCGGUCCGCCCCGUGGGAGCUAUGACCGCUCUCCAUCACCAUCUCGAACAACACUCGUUGUACUGACAACCGUCAUUACAAGUCAACUCAAACGCGUCCUGGCAGUCUUGGAACACUGCGUGCACUAUGGUCAAGCAUCUCCCUCCCGCAAUCAAGCAUCUGUUGACUCUGCGCAAUCCACAUCCUCUUCCCGGACCGCCAGUCGCGAAAUUGCAGUCAGUCUUGACCAAGACCUACCAGGACGCUAGAAAGCGCCAUGCUGAAACUGCUUGGCUCGUGCUGACGGCCUGCAGUUUGGCUACGACCAAUCGACCUGCUUCAAUGUCACAACUCUAUCAGUUCAUUCGACCAAGUCAAACCCCCCUGCAAGAAGCCGUCAACAGAGCGGCUCUAGCUCGCGAGGCGAUCUUGAAGAGCGUCAUCUUCAUCGGAGUUCCCAGAGUCAUCCUUUCGUUCGCUGCAUUACAUGAUGCACUGGAGCCCGAAGUGAGGGACGCGCUCAGAACCAUCUCUCGCCGAGACGCGAAGCCCGAGGCCGCCGAAUCAACCGUCGAGCGGGGAAGGGCGUUGUGGAGUUCUAUAUAUUCUCCGCAUGCCGAAAAACUCCACGACAAGCUGGGCUUAUACCAUCCGGACUUUAUUUCGUUCAUUAUCCAGAGUUACGGCACCGUGCUCUCUCCGUUGCCGGGAAAAACCAAGUCGUUCUCGGACAUUAGCAGCGCGGUUGAUCCGGAUCAAGGCAACCUUAGCCGGGUUAUGGGUACGGUGGUUGGGGUGGCUUGCUUGCGGGCGGAAGAGCGAGUGAUUCCUCAGCUGACGAGCCAUGUGUUCGGGCUGCUUAAGGCGAGAACUAUCGAGGAUCAGUCGGCCGAAGAUGCUUGGCUCGCCAGCGACGAGGGCGCGGAAUGGGUUAUCCGGACAGUUGAUGAGAUUGUGGACGUACUAAAGGCGGAACAGGAAGAGGUCCGGGUGAAAUUGUGAAGAGCGAUAUUCGCUUUCAUCAGAUUGCAUCGUGGCCUGUUUCAUCAAGAUGGCGAGGCUGGGCGCAAACAGAGACUGGCUGCUUGUAGUUUGAAUUUCCAAUGAAUUCGGAUAAUCAUGACACGAGUUGGAGAUUACUGAUUUACAUGUACAGUGUUUGGAAUAAAAUACAAGCCCGAGGUCCCCUCA